AUGGCCUCGAAGCUCAUCGAGAUUCUUAUGAACACGAAAUCGUUCGACGAACUCUUAUCACUUUCCGUGUACUGUCGCGACCGGAUCAACCCGUACAUGUUUAUUUACGCACUGUCCGUAGUAAUAAUACACAGACCCGACACUCGCAAUUUAAGACUACCAUCGCACUCCGAAAUGUUUCCUAGUCUGUACAUGGACUCUUCGGUGUUCAGCCGCGCCAGAGAAGAAUCGGCUGUGGUUCAAGCCGGCUCUAGGACUCCAAUCGAAAUACCGCACGAUUAUUCUGCCAACAACCUGGACUUGGAGCACAGGAUUAGUUAUUUCCGCGAAGACAUUGGCAUCAACCUGCAUCACUGGCAUUGGCAUUUGGUCUACCCGUUCGACGGACCGCUCAAUAUUGUAAAUAAGGACAGGCGUGGUGAAUUAUUUUUUUACAUGCACCAACAAAUUAUAGCUAGAUACAACAUGGAACGGUUAAGCAAUAAUUUGAAUAGAGUAGUUCGUUUGACCAACUGGAAUGAACCGAUUGCAGAGGGUUACUUCCCAAAAUUAGAUAAUAUUUUAGCAAAUCGUGUGUGGCCUCCAAGACCUGCCAAUGCAGUACUAAAAGUAAUAUUUGAAUUUAAUAUGCUAUGA